AUGGUCGGCCUCGUCUUCAAGUCUGCUCUCGCCGCCGUCACCAUGGCUCUUGCUGCCAGCGCCGCCACCCCCCAGUGCAACACCAGCGCCGACUGCCUCCCCGGCUACAUCUGCGGCCCCAGCGACUUCGCCUUUUCCGGCACCAGCUCCAACGUUUGCGUCAAGACCGGGACGUGCAACAACAAGCCCGAUCCCCAGUUCCCCCAGGACGGGCCCAAGUGCGGCGACAGCAUCUUCUGCAACGUCGGCGGCUCCUGCGGCCAGGGCUACUACCAGUCGGGCGGCGAGACGGUUCUCACUCAAGUCUGCGUCAACCAGGCGACUGGCCAGCAGUGCGCCGCAUCGUCCUAA